AAAUGGGUUUUGUCAAGCCGACGAAGACUGCGGAGUUCAGCACGCUAACAUUCUCCUUCGAUCGGUGCAAGAUUACGUACGGAUUCGGUCUUGCGUGGCGUCAUUAAAAGUGAAAUUUUCAUUGCGUUUUGACGGAAAAUUUUUGUUACUAUUUCGCCGCCAAGCCGUAUUUACCUUCAUGCUCCAUACAUUUCGCGGUGGCGCCAUUUAUUGUGUGGAACUUUCAUUUUCAUCGGACAAAUCGUGUCUUUCCGGUCUAAAACGUUUUCGUCUUGCGCAGCGCGUCUUGGCCAUUCCAUCCGUCUUAGCCGCGUACUAAAUGCAUUCAGUGCUUCGGGCAAUUGCCACUGUCGUCAUUCAAUAAAAAGUGCAAAAUAGGUUUGUGAAGUGCAGAGAAAAUUUUAUUAUUGCAUAAAUUCUUGGAGAUCACUGACUUUCUUGCUUCAUUCCACUGUGAUUUCUUUGAGUUCGCUUCGGACCACAGCUUCCACCAUGGGAUUUAGAUGGCUACUGAUAUUGGGGAUCGUGCAAGUUUGGUUCUCCAACCAGGUCUCAACUCAGCUAUUCCAUCCGGAAUAUAUACCACUACACAGAGAAUCUUACUCUCAGCCACAGGCCGCCUUCAACCCAUUCAUACAAGGACGCCAUGUUCGUCGAACUAGUCGUAAUGAAUUUCUAGAGGAGGAAAUUUUCGCUAGUCCAGAAGUACGUCGUUUUCGCCGAGAGGAUGAAGAUACAACCGAAUCAACGGAAGAUAGUUCCAGCGGUGAAGAUUACGACGAUGAUGACGGGGAAGAAGGUCGCGUGCUUUCAUCAUCAGCCUUCAAUAAAAUUUCAGAAACUCUUGGAGCCUUAAAUACCGUAGGACAUUUCUUAGUAGAUAUGACUCGAGGACAGACACCUACCCAUUCGGCUGAUAAUUCAUCAAGUGUUCCUGAUGCAAUAUUAACUUUGACGAAAACAGUUCUGGGACAAAAUGUAACAAAAACUGUUGAACCAUUAAUUAAAAAACGUAUCGGGACUGAAGAAGAAUCAACUACUGCAUUGAUAGAGGUUAAAAAGAAAAAGAAGAAGAAGAACAAAGUGAAGAAGGACACGCAUACAAUCCUUACAACUAGCACAACCACAACAACCACCACCGAGGCACCUAUCCAAGCACUUAUAAACGAAGCCAACGGUAAGGAAGGCGAGAAUCGCUGUAAAACCCCAGACGGUAAAAGAGGAAGAUGUGAAGAUCUGAGCAGUUGCCCUGCCCUCCUUUUGGAUUUGGGUAGCCUACGAGAGUCACUUUGCUUUAAAAGCUUGUUCGUUCCGGGAGUUUGUUGCCCUAUCGAACAAUCGACCAUUUUAACAACACAAAAGCCAGUAAUACUUACACUACGACCAACAACCAGACCAACACUUCAUACCACUCAGCAAUCGUUGGUACUGGUCCCACAACGCCCAGUAGAGCACAGCACACCCAAACCCCUCCCACCUAUAAUCGAGUCGCCUGACAAUGGCAUCGAGGGUAGUCUUACAAACAUAGUGGAUCCAGAAUACUGUGGUCAACAGGAAUUCACUACUGGUCGUAUUGUUGGUGGCGUAGAAGCACCCAAUGGACAAUGGCCUUGGAUGGCAGCAAUAUUUUUACACGGCCCGAAACGGACAGAAUUUUGGUGUGGAGGUUCGUUAAUAGGGUCGAAAUACAUCCUCACAGCAGCACAUUGUACCAGGGAUUCAAGACAGAAACCGUUUGCAGCCAGACAAUUUACUGUACGACUUGGGGAUAUUGAUUUAUCGACAGAUGACGAGCCUUCAGCUCCAGUUACUUUCAACGUUAAAGAAGUUCGCGCACAUGAAAGAUUUUCUCGAAUUGGAUUCUAUAAUGACUUGGCCAUUCUUGUAUUAGACCGACCUGUCCGGAAAUCGAAAUAUGUAAUUCCAGUUUGUCUUCCUAAAGCCGGAUUCAUACCUCCAAAAGAAAGAUUAGCUGGACGUCGGGCGACUGUUGUUGGUUGGGGUACCACGUAUUACGGUGGCAAGGAAUCCACCGUACAAAGACAAGCUGACCUCCCGCUAUGGCGGAAUGAAGAUUGCGACCGAGCCUACUUCCAGCCGAUCACAGAAAACUUCCUUUGUGCAGGUUUCUCUGAGGGUGGAGUUGAUGCAUGUCAGGGUGAUUCUGGAGGCCCCCUUAUGAUGCGCAUUGACUCUAAGUGGACUCAGUUGGGUGUUGUCUCAUUUGGUAACAAAUGUGGCGAACCAGGUUAUCCUGGUGUUUAUACUAGAAUAUCCGAGUACAUGGACUGGAUUAGAGCUCACACUCGAGAUUAAAUUAGCAAUGUGAAAGCUGUUUAACUUAUGUAAUUAUUUAUUAUUUUUCACACUUGUACAUAGUAGAAUAACACUCACCUUUUUAUAACAAAAGU